UUCUCCUCAUAGUUUAUUUAACUCCCUACGUCUUCCUCAGUCCUCACUCCAUUCUUUCUCCUUCCUUCACAUUAAUUUCUCAUUCACACUUUUCUUUGUUUCUCUGUUUCUCUCUCUUCACCAUGGCUCUCUCCAACACCUUCUCGCUAUGUUAGGACCGCCCUUCCCAGCCAGAAAUCUCAACAAAGGACAUGUCGUUUGAGAGCGAGAGUGAUCAAAAUUUCAGCCUUUCAGGGCCCGUGCAUCUCAACAACGUUGACUGGAACAACAUGGAUCACCGAAGAUCGGUUCUCGCCAGCUUGGUUAAAGGAGGAUACAUUCUUGAACGUGACCGCCAACAACGCCGCCAUGAAUCUCAAGCUCUUGCUCCAUUUUGGUGGGAAUCCUUCGAUUUCAAAUUAAAAGACAAGCUUAUCGACCAUGAUGGCAAGUCCAUUUGGCAUAAGGAUUCCAUAUUCGGUGCCAUUUAUGAGUACGAAUAUCCAUCACCAGAUUCACCGCGUGAUCCAAACAUCCCACAAUAUGUUAUUGCCUUUCGCGGCACAAUCAUGGAGCCAGACACCGUGUUACGUGACAACAACUUAAACUUACAGUGCUUCUUUAACAAACUUCACAAGACUCGCUGCUUUAAAGUUGCAAUGGAUUAUGUUCAAAAAAUGGUUGAUGAAGGUGCAAGGGUUUGGUUAGCAGGACAUUCUCUGGGGUCAGCUAUGGCAUUGCUUGCAGGAAAGAACAUGGCCAAGACAGGUUGUUUUCUUGAAACUUAUCUUUUUAACCCUCCAUUCUAUUCAGUCCCCAUAGAGGGUGCGAUCAAGAGUGAAGACCUGAAGUUUGUAUACCGCUGUUCAAAGAGUGUUUUGAAGGUAGCUCUCGCGGGAAUCAGCCGUGCUGUAAAUGGUGCCGAAUCACAUGAACCUUUCGUAGAGCUAUCUUCAUGGGUUCCUAACCUUUUUGUGAACCCAAAUGAUCCUAUUUGUUUCGAAUACAUUGGAUAUUUUUCACACAGGAAGAAGAUGGAGGAGUCUGGACUUGGACUAAUUGAGAGGAUUGCAACAAAGAAGUCCGUAAAGAGUCUAUGCUCAAGUGUGGUGGCAAAGGCUUCCCGUUUAGAACCACUGCAUCUCCUUCCUUCAGCAUAUCUGAUCAUUAAUAGGAGUCCAUUCCUAGAUGAUGAUAAGGGUCAAAAUUUUAGAACAUUUCAUGAACUUCAACAGUGGUGGAAAUGUUUUGCCUGUGAAUCUACGCUUUAUAAGUACUAACACUACAAGGUGUGUGGGGGCAUUAGCUUCAGCCAGGACCUCUACUCCUGAUUCAUGUGAACCUUAUCUUGACAUCCAUAGAGUUAUUACCAUUGCAGAGUUCUAUCCGACAGAAGAUACGUCUCCAGCUAGGCCCCUACCUUUUUGCCACUUGUAAAUCCAUGGCUUAGGCCCCUAUUUUCUUCUAAAAUGCAUAAUAUUGUACAUUAUUUCUAAGCUUUGUGGUCUAUAAAUAGAGUCCUUGUAACUCAGAAGAGGCAAGAGUGAAGAGAGAAAGGAAACUCUUAGAAGUCCUUGUAAGAUUAUU